AUGUCACUCAGCGUAACAACCGUACCCGACGAAGUCACCAGCAUCUCUCCCAUCUCUCACCUCGACAGCAAAGCCCCAGGUAUUACCCAGAAAGCCAUCCAAGAAAUAUCUACCUCCAACGAUGGGUACUUCCGCUUCAACCCAGUCAUCGUCAUGCUCAUCGGCUACCUCGAACAAGUCAGCCCAGGAGGCCUAGACUCCGCAGUUCGCUCCGCCCGCGACAAGAACCCAGACUUCAUGUCCAAACUAGCCAUCAAAGACGCACACUCGUUCCUGACCUUCGCAAACGACCUCCUGAAAUGGACCAAACCCCCUCUCCGCAAACUCCAGACUCCAAUCCGCCCAGACUCGCAAGGCCUUACCUGGCUAUCCUCCUGGAUCGUAGUCUACGCGCAACUCGUCGGCCAAUUCUUCGACACACCCGCCUCCAUCACCCCUUCCUCCCUCCAAUCCUUCGCAACCUCACCCCCCUACCGCUUCCAUGAAGCAGAAAUCCCAAAAGGCGGUUUCCGGACCUUCAACUCCUUCUUCACCCGCCGCCUCAAACCGGGCCUUCGGCCAAUCGCCUCCCCCGACGACGACAGCGUGAUAGUCUACCCAGCAGACUGCACCUAUGACAACUCCCUCGCCAACCAAAGCGUCGCCAAAAUCACCCCGUACGGCUCCGUCGAGAUCAAAAACGUCCGCUGGCCGAUCAGCAUGCUGCUCCAGGGCAGCGCUCACGCCGCAGACUUUGACGGCGGGAUCUGGAUGCACGCGUUCCUGAAUACCACAAACUACCACCGCCAACACGCGCCCGUGUCGGGCACGGUGUUGGAAGCCAAGAACAUCCAGGGCAUGGCGCACCUCGAGGCCGAUACCGUCGGCGACGGACAGGUUCGCAUGAUGGGCGGGGCGGACGCUUCCGAGAACCCGGGGUAUCAGUUCCUUCAGACGAGGGGGUUGGUGGUGAUUGAGAACCCGGUGCUCGGGAAGGUUGCGUUCUUGCCCAUCAGGAUGGCCAUGGUAUCGUCUGUGGACUUGUUUGUCGCAGAGGGGGAUGUGGUGAGGAAGGGGGACGAGGUUUCGUGUUUCCGGUUUGGAGGGUCGGAUGUCAUUUGCAUCUUCCAGGAAAAGGCCGGGCUGAGGGUUGAGGAUUUCAUUCCAACGGCUGGUGGGUUUUCAAAGUAUGGGAGCAUCUUGGCUAGAGCGCCGAUGGGAGGUUCUCGCAUGUAA